AUGGCUAGCGCAUGUGAGCUUAACCAAGAAGAUGAUCCGAUUGGACCAUCAAACGACACUCCACCCUCCCUCGAAGAGCUCAAGGCCGUUGAAGAUAUACCCGUGUUUGACAGCAAGGGCGUUGAGCGUCCGUUCAAAAGCCUUUACAGCGGACCAGGAUCAUCUGGCCGUGUCUUGGUCGUCUUUGUGCGCCACUUUCUCUGUAGUACCAGCUCAAACUAUGUCAAGUUUCUAUCCGAGGAAGCCAGUCCUGAGAAGAUUGCCUCCUCCAACACGUCCAUCGUUAUCAUUGGAAAUGGGGUUCCUGAAGUGAUAAACAUGUACAUUGAAAAUACGGGCUGCAAGCACCCUGUCUAUGUCGAACCAACAGGCAAACUGUUUGAAGGAUUGGGCAUGAUCAAAACAUGGGUCGCGGGACCGGCCACGGACUACGCUUCAGAUUCGGAUGUUUCGACCUUCUUCCAGGCAGCGUCCAAGCUCGUCCGGGGACUGCUGGCCGGUUACCCCGCGACCAAGGUCGGACAACCAAACCAGCAGGGCGGUGAAUUCCUGUUUGAGGGCAGCGAGGAGGCAAGGAUGGUGACAUGGUGUCAUCGCAUGAGGACGAGCGGGCGAUUGAAGGGCAAGGCGAGAACCAAGGCACAUAGUAGCGGUGCAUCUAACCUCAAGCUCACCAACGAGAAGAGGCCCAUCAUUGCCAUCAAGGACUUUGUGCCACUGGCCAACUUUAUUGCUAGUCGUCGAGUGUCAGUACCCGACGUCUUCUCCACCACCAUCGACCGGCUCAUUGCUCUUCAAUCCGGGUUUGGAGACAAGCUGGGCGGAAAUGGAGCUAAGCCGGACCCCGAAUCUGAUGAGAAGCAUGGAAUGACCCCCACCACGGCAGCUGUGGCCCUAGAUGCUGCCAUCGAGGCCGGCAAGGACACCUCCAGGGAUCCAGCCCAGGAUCUAGGGGGAAGGUUUGCUGCUUUGACGGUAGAUGAACCAUCUGAGAGCUUCCUGGAUAAGUCUCGCAAUGCGUCUCACGAGAGACCCAAACCGGCCCAAGAUGAUGCCGCCUCUUACGAAGCAGAGCCGCCGACUACCUUGGACGACAUCUAUUUUGCCUUUAUGACCCUGAUGAAGGAUCUGGUCUAG